GUCACAGUAGGCGUGGCCAGCAGCAUAUAGGAAGUACAAAUAAUAUGACAGUAUCAGGACAUUAAAGGAUAUCAGAAUAGCUGUAUAAGAAACUUUUUAAGUUAUUAAUGCAUCCAGUCCAAUGAAUGUAGCUCGAGUGAUCCUUGCUUUAGUAUUUUGCACUAUUUUUACUUUGUCAUGUUUCACAAAUAAGUAUGUCCUGUCUGUCUUGAAAUUUACAUUUCCAACCAUAUUUCAGGGGUGGCAAACCUCAACAGGAGCUCUAUUGCUACUGGUUAUCUGGAAACUGGGUUUGGUGGAAAUCAAUGGGUUAUCCAGAUCUGCAGUGUUUUCCCAUCUUCCUGGGUCUUUCUUAUUUAUUGGAAACAUUUAUGCUGGGUCCAAAGCAUUGUCACUUUUGCCCAUUCCUUUCUUCUUUGUGUUACAAAAUGUGUCAGAGAUCUUUCCGUUUCUAACUGCAAUCUUUACUCAAAGAGAGAAGAAAGCCUCAUGGAUGAAAGUAUUAAGUGUUUGUAUGUUGCUGGGUUCUGCUUCCAGCCUGAUUUUCUACAAUCGUUGGUUUGGUCCCACACAUGAUGGCUACACAUGGGCAUUCAUUCAUCUAUUCUGUGUUGGUGCAUAUAAAAUCUUCCAGAAGAACACAAAGACCAGCCACCUCAGUGAUUUGGAAGAGCAGUUCAUUAACUAUGUGAUCAGUGCAUUUUUACUCGCCUCCCUUGCACACACAACAGGGGAUCUCUCUGGUGCCUUGGACUUUCCUCUCUUGAUCUCAUACAGCUUUCAGACUGGCUGCUUGGGCAGUGCUAUAUUUGGCUUUCUUCUGAUGCUGGUGACGGUGAAGUUGAGGAGCGGUUUACCUCAGGAACACUGUGGGCUGUUGUUCUUCCUGGCCAAGGUAUUGGCUUCAGGUCUUUCCUCAUUUGUUACCACAUUCAACACUGUGCUCAGUCCUGCAACAUUAUUCUGCAUCAUCUUGAACUACACCGGCGAGGCUUUGUUUCUGUAUUCUGACAGACUUCAAUAAGAUUGCGAGAAGAAAACAUUCAGUGCCUUUAAAGAUUCAUCCAUCAGUCCCCCUUUUCUGAACUCUUCAUCUGUAAACUUUACACGGACCAAAAAUAACCAAAAUAUAUGCAGUUCCUGCCUUAUGAGAUUCUUAUAGUCCUCAAAAAAAUCCUAAAAUUAUAAUAACAUUCAUAGAGCUUGUCAGUGUUGAAUGUAGUUAAUAUAAUGAAUGAAUGUUUUUGUAAUAUAUUUACAUUUUCCUUCAGUCUUUGUUUACUGUAAUCUGGUUACUCUGACCUUUAUUUCAGCACCAUACAUUCCGGUUACUGUAAGUGUUCAAUGUUUGUAUGUUAUCAUCCUGCAGUAUUUCCUUGUUUUUAUCAUGAAUAAUGUUACAAAUUCUUUUGAGGUUUACACAGAAAUGUAUUUGAACGUAUUUUACUUUCCCAGUGUGUGUGUUUAUAUCAAUUUGAUGUCAAUAUUAGUCAAGACUUGAUCAAGAUGCUAUAACAUCAUUUUAAAUUCAGUCUGGAUGGCAAUGUCAUCCAGUGGUAAUAGGAAAUGAAUCCUGAAAACACUUAAAUUGGUUUUAAUGUAGAUGUAGGUCAAUAUGUGUGACGUAUAAUUUGCAUCAAAUCGAUAUUUCUUGACAAUUUGCUUUUUUUACAUCAAUAUUUGAUUUUUUUUUUACAUCAAUAGCCCACUGGGUUGGCUUGUAUUGUUAGGGUUGGAAAAUCAGGUGUCAGGGUAUCUCAUAUUUCUAAAUAGAAAUCUGCCAUUUUAAAAUGAGUUAUACAUCAAGUACUGUAAAAAAUGUGAUGUUUGAGCUCAAUGACAUUUAUUUUAUUUUAAAACUACACAGUAAAAAGUAAAAGUUGGAUCUACUUAAACAAAAAAAUUAGCUUUUGUCAACUUAAAUGUUUUGCUUAAAGUUGGAAAAAAUAUCUAUUUUUAGGUUAAUCUAACUUCCACUUUUUAUAGUGUACAGGGCAUUUUACUGUAUUUCCAAUACUUCUAAUAAGAAAUUGCACCUUGCAUCUGUAAAAUUGCUCUGUCUUUGUCAGUCUUUGCACAUUUUUGGAAAAAAAUGAAUUUCCCACAAAUAAAAUAAAAUUCAAUGACAAAGUAUUUAUCUUCUAUGAUCUUUUUAAAUAUUGAAUUCCUCCUACCGCAUGCAUAUACAGUGUAAACUCUUAAUUCAUAUGUGUUUUAAAGACUUUGGUUGUCUUCAGCAGACGUAGUGAGGUAAGAUCUCAUGUCGUGGCAAAUGCAAUUUAAACUCAAGUGCUCGUCGUACCCACAAUCCUCCCGGGCCAAGUUACAGACCUCUUUUUUAGACUGUGAACGUAAAUAAAACAUAUUAACUACAUUGAUUCAGUACAUUGAUGUAGGUGGAUUUGAAAGCUGGCACCUUCUAAACAAAAACUUUAUACUGAAGCUCUCGUUCAUAUAUUCUUCGGGUCCAAUGGCUUUACGUAUUCAAUGACUGUCAUCUUAAAGAAAACAUGAAGAGAUCUCUAUAAAUAAAAUACUUUAUUAUGUGGUACGUCAUUUACACUGUCAUGAAAAAAAGGUCCCACAUUUAGGGCAGUAGUACCCUUUAAAGAGGUCCUAAAAAAAGAGGUCCUAAAAAAUUCAUUUUGUAGAAAGUAAAACUUUAAUUUAAAUGUGUUUUUAAAUUUGCUAAAUAUAUUUAAUUUUAACUCUUUAUAUAUUUACAUAUACUUCAAAUUGUAUUUCAGGAGCAACAAAUACAUAUAUUGUACAACCUAGACAGCAAAAACGAUUUUUCUGGCCAAAAUAUAAAAGCUUGU